GGAAAAUGCAAAGCGUUCUAUGUAUUUGACACAUUCAAAGGACCACCAAAAAAACAACACGCAACGAAAACACGGAGCAUUGUUUCUUGUUUUUAAUUGAGUACAGCCAAAUUUUUUUCUAAUUAAAAUUUAUUAUUUAAGGGGAAAAACACUGAAAAAGUACCCAAACUGUUUAUAGUAGUAAAUUUUUUUUAGCAGUACAGGUUAAAAGAGCCUGAGAGAGAAAACAAAAGGAGAUGUAAUUUAUUACAUCAACAUUUCAUCAACCGGAUUAAUUUGGCUACACUGAAUUCAGCAAUCACAAAACGGAACAAGAUUCUUCGCAGUUAGUUGACACCAAAAAUACAUCAACCACCGUGAGUAGACGCAGCAAAUUCAACGAGAGAGGAAACACACACCAAAAACUACAAACAACCAGUAAAAAAAAUAAUGGCCACACAAAUAAAUCGUCGUCGCACUGCAUUGGCUGAAAUUCCGAUUCGCAUGAGCCAAUUACGCGUAUCAACCGAUGAACCGCCGGUGCUUUUGAAUCGAACCGUCAUCGACAGUCCAUUAGAUAACAUUCCUAUCGGAUAUUUGACACCAUCUCCAUCACAAGAUGAAUUGAUAAUUCGGCAAAGGGGCCGUCGUCGUUCGAUCAAUUGGUCACCGGAUAAGAUACCAUCGUCAGCUGCUGCAAUUCUCUCAAUAUUGCGUACACCAACGAAAUCAACAUCAACAAUGACAUUACGUAGUUCGCCACGUAAGCGUCUACAUUUGGAUGGUGUUGCAUCAUCAAGUGUUAUGCUAUCACCACAAUCGAUGGGACAAUCGCCACGUAAAAUACCACGUACACCACAACUAACCACCACACCAAUCCAAUCGUAUACACCACAAACGAAACGUUUGCGUUUCACCGAAUCACCAAUUGCACAACAAAACCAAAAAACGCCAUUAACAAAAAUUCUAAAAGGUCUUACCCAAUCACAAUUGAUCAAUGUCAUUCAAGAGCUUGUUAACAAUGAGCCCAAUAUUGAAACAAAAAUUCGAACAAAUCUACCGAUGCCCGAUAUAAAACCAAUGGAAGAACAAUUAUUACAAUUGAAAAAGAAUAUUUUUAAAAGUUUGCCAACAUCACGUUUGGUAAAAAAUACCGAUUCAGUUGGACAUUCACGGGCCGCCACACAUUUGACUACAUUCAAGAAAACGGUUGUCGAUCAAGCACAACAGCUCAACGAAUCGGAAAAUUGGGAUGCACUUAUCGAUUAUUGCCUAAUGGCAUGGCCAAUUGUUCGUGCAACACCAAUUUGGGAUAAUAAAACACAUAAUUCGGUGCGUCGCAGUUGUUUUAAAAUAUUGUCAUGGCAUUGUUUGUGCGCAUUAAAAACGGCCAAACAUGUAUUGGGCGAACAAAGACUUAAAGACCUUUUCAAUCAAAUGGCAUCGAUGAAGGUGGACUGUGACGAUAUCAGCGCAUGCGAACCGCACUUGGAUAAUAUACUCGAUACCAUUGCCAUUUGAUUGGGGGAGAGAGAGAGAGAGAGAGAUAUAGACAUUUAUUGAAAGACGUAGAGAUUACGCGAAAAUAUAUCGUCUCAACAAACAUCUGAGCGCACACAAAACACAAUUUUUUGACAUGCUGGCUCCAAAUUGUGCAUUCUUCACAAUGGCCAUAAAAACCAGUCAACUAACAUUCAUUUCUGUCCUGCACUCUAC